AUGCCCGGAAAAACUCUUCUAUUUCACUGGCGAUAUGACAAGUGGGACUAUCUCAACAACCCUGGAGUCCACGAUAAGAAGAAUUCUUCGAUGAAAUUCAUCGAUCAGAUUCGGAACGAUCCGCGGCUUCUAGCGAAAAGACUGUCGAUGAUUUCUGAAGAAAAUGCGAUCGAAUACAUAUAUUUCGCUUCUCCUCGAAACGAUUGGCCAUUCAUCAAGAAAAUAACAGCUGGACUUCGUGGCGUUGAAUUUGUUAAAGCAUCUUCGCUCGAGACAUUUGUCAAGAAAACGGUCUUUUCCUGUCCCGAUUUUUGCGGGAAUUUUGACGAUUACUUCUCUCAAAUCGAGCAGGAACUCGCCCGACUUUCUGACAUCUUCAUCUAUUCUUGCUUCAGCUCAUGGAGCUCAAAUGUCUUGAUCGAUCGUCUGAUCGACGGAAAGAAUGAAAAUUACAAUAACAUCCAAAUCAUCGCUGAAAUCAACGAAGAAAACUACAGUUCGUCCUGCCUGCCCUUUUUUCACAGCUCAAAAAAGAAACUUCAAAACUAG